AUGGCAAAAUCGAUUAGCCGCUCCGGAAUAAAACAGCAGCGUAGAAAGCAAAACCUCAAAUUAUACCCCGCGACUCCACAGCGCUGUCCGAUAAUUGAUGGCUCAGCGCUUGACGACUAUUGCCCCACCGCUUUCAAACCACAGUUCAAGAUGCACACUAUUUUUCGUGAGGAAAAUCCAUCCAUCAUCCCUGCUGGAUUUGUGCCAAGGUAG